AACGAUUUGUCACGAAACAGAAUUUUCUAAAUUAACUGCUAGGACAACUACAGUAUAAGUCAUCUGCUUGUAAUUAAUAAGAUAACCAGUUAAACAACAUCUACAGUGCACCUUAUAUUAAUUUAACGGUAAACCUUUUUACUUACAAUAAGAAAAAACAACAUGACAAGGGUGACAAGAGUUUUGUUUUUUUGUUGAAUAAUACACCAAUCUGCGUGAAUUAUAAGAUCACACAGUACUUUAUGCUUUGUAUUCUAAACAAAGGAUAUUUGAUCCAGAAUCUAGAUCUGUAAACGAAAGUAUAAAACGAAAUGGAAGAAGAAUAUGAACCAGGAGUUAUUUAUGUUUGUAAAUGUGUUUGCCCAGAAGUUUCUUCCGAAAGGGUAGCGAUCUCCGCUCAUAAGAAACGUAUUUUAGGUAUUGUUUCUGAAACUGAAAAUUAUUUACGAGAACGCAAAAUCCCACAACUUAUAAGAUUUUUAAUAUCGAAAAUAUUAGCACAAGAAUCUGAUAAGCCACUCCUGUAUUUAGAAAAGCUUCUUGAUGAUUGUAUGCUGUUUCGUGUGGGUGUCGGAACCGCACCUGUUUUAUACGAAAAUAGACAUCUUGAAGCGGUAAUUAAAAGUUUUGAUCCAGGACAGCGAGGGUGGUUAACGGCUGGCCAAAUUCGUCGCCUUUACGCUACUCUGGGACUUGCAAUUAAAGAUGAGUUUAAUGAAAGUAUGUCGUGUGAAACAGUACUUAAAAAAGUUACUGAAGCACAAGAAAAUGAGUUAUUUGAUUUGAUAUCGGCUGGAAUGGAUGAAUAAUGAAUUUUUAAAAUUAACUUUUAUGUGGACGGUGCAAAAACAUUUUGUUAUGUAGUAAUUUGUUCUAUAUUUAUUGAGUCAUUGAUGGAUUUGUUUAAAUCCUUUGUAACUUUAACCCUUAAUUCGAUGUGUCCAGUGUGACGGACAACUAAUUAAAAAAAAUCUACUGAACUAGCUUAGAAAAAAU